AUACAUGAUAUAUAUACCGGUUUGCAAUGCCCAAUUCCAAGUACCGUCAUUUAUAAAACCAGAUCUAACAUUCUUCAUUGGCGGUGUCUACUGAAGAAAACCUAAGUGUACUGAUGGAAUUCGCUGGGAAAAUCACAGAAAAUUUUGCAAGUGGAAGACGGAGAGAUAGAGGAGAAAUUAUGGAAUAUAAUGGGGUUAAGGGUAAUGAUAAAGAUUCAUCACAACAUAUUAAAGCCUGGUAUAUAGAAGAUCAAACUGAUGAGCGUUUGAAACAGUUGAUAUCUUGGGUUACAAGACGAAAGCUUAAUCAUCUGAUAAAUUACCAGGGGUAUUUUUUAAUUGAUAACAAAACCUGUCAUAUCUUUGAUUCGUUUAGAGCGAGAUUAGAUGAGUCUGAAUUUCACUCACAGAAGAAGGUGAUAUGUUAUGGCAUUCCACCAGUUCCUUAUGCGCCAGCUGAUAUAUCUAAGCUAAUCAUGAAUGCUUCGUUAGAUGCAAUUUCGGAAUUGAAAAAUAUCAUCGGUGCUAGUCAUGGAAAUAUUGAUGUGUGUAAUGUUGUUUUAAUAUACUCGGGUCCUCUAAUUUCUUCUGUGAAACUGGUUGGGGCCGUUGACGUAGAAGGCCGCACUUCGAUGAAGCAAGAAAGGCAAUUGUAUCUUCACCUAAUUCCCCUAGAGUAGUAAGUGCGAGGACACCGAAGCCGUAAUCAUGUGUGGAGCACUUUUCGAGGUAUUUGUUGCAUUUGCGGUUGAUGGCCAUGGAAAUAGCGUGUCCAGGAGGGAAGCGUCGAGUUCCAGCACCGGUAAAGGCGGAAACUACUGUGACAUCGAAGCAAACGUCCUUCCCUCCUUCCCAAUUGAGCAUAAGGAUAUCCGCUGGCUUUAAGUCUUUGGCGGAGUCAGAUCGAAGUCCUAAGGAGGCUUCUUUUCUGGCAGAUACAUUGGCUUUGUAGCAUAUAUCAAACACGGUAUCUCUCGCAAUAUCAUGUCGAUAUUUAAUCCCUAUAUCCUUGGCACAGUGUAGAGCAUGAUUGCCGAAAACAUCCAUGAGUUUGUUGCAGCUGGAACAGAGACUAUCGUCAUUGAAGAACGGUAUCCCGAGGCGAUAUUGGAGGACAGCUCGAAAUUGUUGAGGCCCAACGGCUUGGCCAAGCCUACUAAUAUGAAUAGCUUUGAGGAAGUCCAUGGCAUAAGGAAGCGGUUACUGUGCCAUAAGAACAAGUCACGCUGGGAUAAUGAAAAUUAUGUAGAUUUCUUAGGGUUUGGGAAGAUCGUGAAUUAUCUCUUUAAAGAUUAUCCUGAUUACGCGGAGGGGCAGGAUCUUAUCUCCAGAUUCGACGGAAGUGAAAACUUGAAGAUGCAAAUAGCAUUCAAAUUGAAUCCGUUAAAUGCUCGAAAGCAUCCUGCGUGGUUUGAAGCACUAAAGGUUACAACCUUCUUUUAUAGAGUGAAUGACUAUCUUGAUGCUUACAAGGACAUUGCUAAAGCCAGUAGCCAAACAGAUGAGGAUCUUCUUGAUGCUAUUGGGAAAAUCCCUAUUCAAGAUUGGGAUGAUGGUAUGGAUCAAAAGGUUGUAUUGGAUCUGCAGAAAAGAAAUUAUAACUUCAAUGGUCCGAAGGACUUCAUUAGGUCUAAUAGGAACUACACUCUACACAGCGCGGUGUCCGAGACUGCAUUUCAGGGAGCUGUUGUCCUAGUUUUCCAAUCAGCCAGGUAAGAAGCAGGGGGAGCAAAGAAAAUGGUAGAAGAUGGAAUAUUAGACGAUUUUGAUGGUAUCUUUGGGCUGCACAUCUCGACUGACCUACCAAUUGGCUCCGUUGCUUCCAGAGCUGGUGCUCUGCUUGCUGGGAGUGGUUUUUUUUUUGCCGCAUCAAGUGUAAUUGUUAGCUUGACACCUUCUCUCACGUGAAGCUGAUCCACUGGAUUCACGGGUUGGAACAGUUGGAAAAUUCAAAAGAGGUGGGCCAUUCAGUGUUAUUCCAGAUUCUGAAUUGGAGGGGCCUUCUUAACAGAGAGCUUUAUGCAACUCAAGAUACGAAUCGAAGAGGUUAUCAAGGCACAAGCUGAUGUUCAAAGAUGCAGUGCUACUCUCAACUUCUCCCAAGAUAACUGCUAACAACAAAGCAUUACGUAAGCAUUUCGAAAACGUUGUAGGGGAUACGCUGGGGGACUGAUAAUGUCAAAGACAUGCAUUAUUGAGAUCUGAAGACUUCUCAUUUUACUCCGAAGUAACUCCAGGAUGCCUCUUUUUCGUAGGCAUGAAACACAUGAAAACCCUGCAUCUUGGAAUUGUGCGUUACCGUGAAAAAAUUGGUGAUGAUGAAUUAUUUGUACUUCCUAGACAUACUAAAGUUGUCGUAACAGAGAAUAAUCGAAUGAAAUCUGUAUUAGUUGGCCUUCAAGGUAUUGUUGUCAAGAAGGCUGUUGGUCUUGUUGGUUGGCAUCGGCUGGUAAGUACUAAUCCUCUUUAACUUUGCUUUGUCAAAAUUAGUGCAAAUUGCGGUGUUUUUUCAUCGUCUCGUAGAACAGUCAUUUUAUGAAAGUAAGAAUGGGCAUGUUAGUCGUUGUUUGAAUAAGCAAUAUAUGUAACAAUUGCGACGAACCGAAAGGCUGGGGGUAAAAAAAAUUUGAUUUUUUGUUUCCGGAUCUAGCACACGCCUUGCAUUCACUUCUCUGAACAACUGUUUCCAUAGGUGAUCAGCUCACUCUCUGAAGAUUUAUUUGGUCAAUUUCUUUGAUUUGACUGGAAAUCUGUAGUUUUUCAACUGAACAUGUAUGCGUUGACGUUACCACAUUACUGUUGUUUAUGGUUGUCGAACUGGAGGAUAACCAUGUAGAAGAUGGAACCUAGAUUAGGGCUUGAUAUCCGUUGUGGUUUGAAUUUUCUUUAUUUGUCUAGCUAGCUUUUGGUUAAUAUAGGUGAUGGCAAAGAAGUUGAUGUGGGGCACGAUCUAUCCAUGAAAGUUACAACAGUAGACGAACUAAUGCUUCCUAGUGGUAGACCUUGGAACUUAGCACUUCCCAACAUAGUGUUCUGCGAAGCUACAGCAAAAGGCGUCACCACCAUACGUAUUUCUCGGCGGAAUGAGAAGAAUAGAUUUACGCCAACUGGUGACUUCAGUUCUAUAUGAUGUUAGAGAUUGCUCGAGGAUGAAUGGUGUCAAUCUUCUUCGACUAUGGCAGAUAAUUUUCCCUGGAAGAAAUUGUGGAAGCACAAUAUUCUGUGUUCUUAACUGGAUGAUGAGGUUGUGUAGGUCUACAUUCUAAAAUGGUUGGAUCUUUAUGCUAACUGGAGUUACACGUAAAGCGGAAGUUCAAAAAUGAAAAGGGUGAUUGGGUUACAUAUUACAAGCAAUCCUCUAUUUGGCCUGCUCUUAAGUGGGUCAUGAAUGAAUUACUGGUGAUGGGAAGGAUGAGUCUGUCUGGAAGGAAAUCUGGUCGAAGGAUAAAGCUUUGGUCGAGAUUUUUUAACCUAACUUCCUUAAAUACAUGGCAGUUUCUUAAUUUGUGUCUUCUGUUAAGGUGUCGAGUACAAUUUCCAUAGCUAUUAUUAUUGUCAUCUUUUCAUGUUUCUUGUGGUUGUCUGCCGAAAGAAAAAGAAAAAAAAAGUCUGGUGGUAACUACAUUUCACCUGGUACUGAUGGGUUCUGAGUGAGCUUCUUCACAAUAUUUCCCUCCCACAUUUUUCCUGUUUACCUUCCUUCUCAAAAUAUUAAAAGUAAUUCUAUUUUUGAAUUGUA